UAGCCGCGCAAGGUGAGCCGCGUAAAGAGCAGACACGAAGUCGACUGUAAUUGCAGAGUGGAAGGUAGCCUAUGUAGGUGAAGAACAUACGGUAGCAGGAUACAAGAGGAAUGAUCUGACUAAUUAAUGGUAUAUUUUUUCAUCUAUAUGGGACCCCCCCUGAAGAACAUUUGACAGAGGAUGCAGUCUCUUUAGCUUCAUGCAAGUGACAACAGUAAUCUCGAAAAAUAUAGGGAAUGCUCUGAGACCGAGUUUGGAGUACCACAGUUCGGGGGUUUCCUCUCGUGAGCAAGGGAGAAGACCACAAGCUGAUGCGCGUCCCUGUAACUGACCAAGUUGCCUCCUCUUCCCAGCUGACGUGAACGACUUCUGACUAAAAUUCUGCGGAGGCUCAACGACAGCUAAGAGAUCUGAAGGAAUAUCCAACGGUUCACAAGUGGAUUGUUCUGUUCGACGGAGCUGUUGUUUGAGUUCUGGAUUCUCAACCGCGGGGAGUUUGAGGGCUGCGGAGGCUGAGUUACGGAGCAGAGAAGCGACGCGGCUUCCUGCCCGACUGAAGCUCUCUGAAAUUCUGAGGAGUUAACGUGCUUUAAGAAGACAGAUGUUGUGCCAGAGUGCCAGAGUGAUGACGCACAGGUGGAGUACCACACUGAUUUGGGCUGUCAUUGUCCUUAGCCCCUGCUCCAUAGCCGUUGGAAACAUUGUCUAUCACGUGCCUGAAGAGCAGCCACCCAACACAUUGAUUGGCAGUUUAGCAGCUGACCAAGGUCUGCCUGACUCAGGUCACUUGUACAAGCUGGAGGUGGGAGCUCCUUACCUUCGGGUGGAUGGUAAGACAGGCGACAUCUACACCACAGAGAUUCCCAUUGACCGUGAGACUCUAAAGGACUGCCGUGAUCUGUUUGAGGGUGAUCCAUGCAUUCUGGAGUUUGAGGUGUCCAUCACUGACCUUAUUAAGAGUUCAGGGCCACGGCUGAUUGAGGGCUCCAUUCAUAUCCAAGAUGUGAACGACAACACACCUCAGUUUGCCUCGCCCAUUCUUUCACUUGCCAUCCCUGAGAACACACACGUGGGGGCACUCUUCUCCAUUCCCAUGGCUACUGACAAGGACGCAGGGGAGAAUGGAAUUGCUGACUACUCCCUAACCACUGGGCCGGAUGCUGCCAACCUCUUCAGUCUUCAGGUGGCACAAGACUCAGACGAGAAGCUUCCCCAACUUAUUGUGCUCGGAAACCUUGAUCGUGAACAGAGGGACUCUUAUGACCUCAACAUUAAGGUGGUUGAUGGUGGCAAGCCACCUCGUUACAGCAGUGCCCUCCUUAGAGUCACUAUCACUGAUGCCAAUGACAACGUGCCCAAGUUUGAAAGGUCACAUUAUGAGGGCGAGCUGUCUGAGAACAGCCCAGUGGGUCACUCCAUUCUACAGGUGAAAGCCAAUGACUCAGACAUGGGGCCCAAUGGAGAGGUGACCUAUAGUCUGCACCAGGCAACAUCCACUGUCCAGAGGCUCCUCAGCAUUGACCGCAACACAGGCACCAUCUAUGUCAAAGGCUUGGUGGACCGUGAGGAGGUCAACCUGCUCAAGUUUUAUGUCCAGGCAAAGGAUAAUGGACCCCAGCCCAAGAGCUCCAGGACACUUGUGACUAUCUCUGUAAAGGAUCAAAAUGACAAUGCUCCAGCCAUCAGAAUCCGUGGCAUUGGCUUGGUGACACAUGAGGAUGGUGUAGCCAACAUUUCAGAGGACAUGCCUGUUGGGACAGCUGUUGCCCUGGUUGAAGUUUCAGACCGUGAUGAAGGUGAGAACGCAGUGGUAACCUGUGUGGUUGCAGGAGAUGUCCCGUUCCAGCUCCAGUCUGCCAGUGAUGCUGGAAAUGACCGCAAGAGGAAGUACUUUCUGAAGACGACAACUCCACUGGACUAUGAGCGGAUCAAAGACUACAGAAUUGAGAUUGUAGCUGUGGAUUCAGGAAAUCCGGCUUUGUCUAGCACAAACUCUUUGAAGGUCCAGGUAACAGAUAUGAAUGAUAACGCCCCAGUUUUUUCUCCCACACUGUUUGAGGUUGACUUUCCAGAGGAGAACCAACCUGGUGACAAAGUGCUUGAUGUUGUUGCCACUGAUGCUGACAGUGGCACUAAUGCUGAACUAACAUACAGCAUCAUCUUGGACUCUACCAUUACAGGACUGUUUGAAAUAGACCCCAACACAGGGGAGGUCCGUGUGCUGAACCAACUGGACCGAGAGCAAAAUAGCCGCUAUAAGUUCCAUGUUGCAGCAACAGACAAGGGUGUGCCAAGCUUGAGAGGAACAGCCACAGUAGUGGUCCGAGUACUGGACCGAAAUGACAAUGACCCCAAAUUUAUGUUGAAUGGCUACAGCUUCUCUGUCCUUGAGAACAUGCCACCGCUCAGCCCUGUUGGCAUGGUAACAGUUAUGGAUCUAGAUGAGGGUGAGAAUGCUCAUGUUCAUCUGUCAGUAGAACCUGAUAAUGGCAAAUUUAUGAUCCAGAAUGGCACAGGCACCAUCCUGUCCAGCAUCUCCUUUGACCGUGAGAAGGAGAGCACUUAUACAUUUAGACUCAAAGCUGUUGAUGGGGGUGACCCACCACGUUCAUCCUAUGUUGGAAUCACUAUCAAUGUCCUGGAUGAAAAUGACAAUGCUCCUUAUGUCACAAAGCCAUCAAACUCCACCUACAAAUUCUUGCAACCCCAAGAUAACCUAGAAACUCAUGUGGAGAGAGUAGAGGCUGAGGACAUAGACAGUGGGCUAAAUGCUGAGCUUCAAUACAGCAUUAUCGGGGGCAAUCCCCAUGGCCUGUUUCGCAUCUCUUCCACUGAUGGAGAGAUCACACUGGCCAAAGAAUUUGACCGCAAGCACAAUGGCCUCCAUCGCUUAGUAGUGAAAGUCAGUGACAAGGGUAAACCUCCACGCCACACAACAGCGCUGGUACACAUCUUUGUCAAUGACACCAUGGGUAAUGUGACCUUGAUUGAGUCUCUGGUAGGCCACAGUCUCUACACGCCACUAGACACUGAUAUCGCUGGGGACCCUGACUAUGUGCGGGCCCAACCCAGCAAUAUCAUCUAUGGAAUUUUGGCAGGCGCUGCUGGGGUCAUCAUGGUCUUUGUGGUUGUUGUGGUCGUUAGACGCUAUUUGCAGAAGAAGGCCAAGAGUGGUUACCAGGCAGGCAAGAAGGAGACCAAAGAUCUCUAUACCCCAAAGCAGGGACCUAAGAGCAGUAAAGGAAAAAAGGGAAAGAAGAACAAGGCUCCUAAACCGGCAAAACCCUUGGAGGAGGAUGAGGAGGCCAGCCUUCAGAAAGGUCUUAAAUUCAAUCUGAUGAAUGACAGUGUCAAUGACAGCCCUAGAAUCCAUUUGCCACUCAACUACCCUCCGGGGAGCCCUGACUUGGGCCGUCACUACCGUUCCAACUCUCCCCUGCCCUCUAUCCAACUUCAGCCUCAAUCACCCUCUGCCUCAAAGAAGCACCAGGCUGUACAGGACCUGCCUGCAACCAACACCUUUGUGGGAACAGGGGACAACAACUCGACAGGUUCUGACCAGUAUUCGGAUUACAGCUACAAGGGCAACCCUCAGAAAUACAACAGCAAACAGCUCCCACAUCGCCGAGUGACCUUCUCCACAGCCAAUCAAGCGCAGGAUCUGCAGGACCCUUCUCAGCACAGUUACUAUGACAGCGGCCUGGAGGAGUCAGAGACUCCCAGCAGUAAGAGUUCGUCGGGGCCUCGUAUCGGACCGCUGGCCCUGCCGGAGGACCACUAUGAGCGCACCACCCCAGACGGAAGCAUCGGAGAGAUGGAACACCCAGAGAACGAUCUGAGGCCUCUGCCCGACGUGGCCAUGACCGGCAACUGCACGCGUGAGUGCACCGAGUUCGGACAUUCAGAUGCCUGCUGGAUGCCCGGCCAGCCUUCUCCCAACCGUGCCAAGAGUGCCAGUAAGAGCGCCCCCAAGCUCUCCACCUUCGUGCCUUAUCAGGAGCGGGAGGAUCAGGAGCAACACAUCAUGGCCAAUGGCAGCCCUAAACCCCUAAGUGAAGAGCGCGGCGUAGGCCCCACCAAGGUGGCCAAUGUCCGCUUUCUGCCCCCCUAUACCAGUGCCUACUCGGCUGGUGGCGAGGUUGGUAAGGACUGUCCACGAGAGGAGAUCCCCUUGAGUCAGGCAGGUGAUUACAAGUCUGCCACUACCCCUUCCAGUCAAGGCUCUAAGAGAGAGAUCUACCUGUGAUCCAGUGAGCGAUCUGUUUGUGAUCUGCUAUUGAUCUACAUGAGUUUAUAGAUCGAUUGGUGAGUCUGUGAGGAUGAAAGACCUCGUCGAACGACUCUCAAUCU